GAAGGCGCACAAAUAUGAAACCAUAAUUGAUUCCGACAGCAGAAACUAAAAGUCAACGACAUGAAAAUCGAACUUGUCUUCAUCCCUUCCCCGGGAAUCAACAACGUCCGAGCGACGGCGGCGAUGGUAAAGGUCCUAGUCAACAGCGACGACCGUCUAUUCGUCACCCUCGUCGUGAUCCCUGAGCGUUUCUCCCCCGGUGACACCUCCUCCGUCUACCCUGAGUCCGAAAGCCGUCUCCGCUACUACCACCUCCAUGCCGGAGAUCAAUCGACUGAUGAUCAAGAUCAGACAUACAUGUCCUACAUAGAGAGCCAGAAACCGCAUGUCAGAAAGGCCGUCUCAAAACUCGCUCACGAGGUGUCAACACAUCCCGAAUCGCCACGGCGGCUCGCUGGCAUGGUGGUUGAGUUUUUCUGCACGCCGAUGAUAGAUGUCGCGGACGAGUUUGGCCUCCCGGCUUAUACUUACUUCACGUCUAAUGCUUCGUAUCUCGGGCUAAUGUUCCAUGUUCAACACCUUCACGACCAAGAACACUUUGAUGUCACCAAGUUGAGAGACUCCGACGCCGAGUUAGACGUUCCUAGUCUGACUCGACCUCUCCCGGCCACUUGCUUACCAUCUGUGAUGUUAAGCAAAGAUUGGUUUCCGAAUCUUUUGCUUCGAGCAAGGAUUUUAAGGGGAACAAAGGGUAUUUUGGUAAACUCGGUUGCGGAGAUCGAACCUCAGGCGUUGAAGUUCUUCUCCGGCGGGAAUGGUACACCUCCCCUGUACGCGGUGGGACCCAUUUUGGACUUGAAAACUGAUUCCGGCGAUGAGAAGAGGAGGGAGAUUUUGCGGUGGCUAGAUGAGCAGCCUCCAAGAUCAGUGUUGUUCCUCUGCUUUGGACGCAUGGGAGGCUUCAGUGAGAAACAAGCGACAGAAAUGGCCGUGGCGCUCGAGCGAAGUGGCCAUCGGUUCCUCUGGUCUCUCCGCUGCGCUGCUCCGGCGGAAAAGAUUAUGACCGGAGCUCCUCCAGGGGAAUUCACAAACUUGGAUGCGGUUCUUCCACAAGGGUUUCUUGACCGGACGGCGAAGGUCGGAAAGAUCAUUACAUGGGCCCCACAAGUUACCGUGCUAGCGCAUCCGGCCGUAGGAGGUUUUGUGACGCAUUGCGGAUGGAACUCGAUUCUCGAGAGCCUUUGGUUUGGCGUUCCGAUGGCAGCGUGGCCUAUCUACGCAGAGCAACAGUUUAACGCGUUUAGGAUGGUGGAAGAGCUUGGCGUAGCGGCUGAGAUACGUAAAGAUUACCGGAGAGAUAAUCUGUUGGGGGAGUCGGAGAUGGUGACGGCUGAGGAAAUUGAGAGAGGGAUCAACUGCGUGAUGGAGCAGGAUGGUGAGAUUAGGAAGAGGGUCGAGGAGAUGAGCGAGCAGUUCCAUAUGGCGCUAAUGGACGGUGGAUCUUCGACGCAUGCUAUGCGGAAGUUUGUUCAACACGUGAUCGAAAAUAUUUCUUGAGAAUGACAAUGUUAAAUGUGUGUGUUUGUUAAGUUUCUUCCCUCUUGGGCUUGUAAUUUU